UACCAUACACAUCCCCUGUUCAAUCAGUUAUCUCAUUUCCCUCUAACCUGUGAGAUAACACAAAUCAAAUAAGCAAUAUUUUUUUUUAUCUUCUUUCUACAAUGGCAUUGAACUCUAGUUCUUAUUAUUCGUCACGUUCUUGUUCAAUUUCAACUCAAUUCAGAAAAAACCCUGCUAAUCCUCAUUCAGUCAGUCCCCGUAGUGCCUAUUUUGGGUUAACAUCAUCUUCAUCGUCAUUGAAUUCAGAUGAUACGGCGAAGCCCUCACUUUCCGUUUCAGCUGAUUCUUCUUCUGCACCAAAAGCUCGAUUCGUUGCUCGUCGAACCGAAUCCGUUUCAGUUCGACCACUCGAACGCCCUCUACUGGAAUAUAUGAGCCUUCCUGCAAGCCAAUACUCUGUUCUGGAUGCUCAAAGAAUCGAAAGGAUAGAUGACAAGACUUUCAGGUGUUAUGUGUACAAAUUCAAGUUCUUUGCUUUUGAGGUUUGCCCUGUUUUGUUAGUUCGAGUUGAAGAACAACCUAAUGGCUGUUCUAUUAACCUCUUGUCCUGUAAGCUUGAGGGGUCACCGAUCGUGGUUGCACAAAAUAAUAAAUUUGAAGCUUCUAUGGUGAAUCAAAUAUCAUGUGAUACGAACAACCAGAGCAAUUCAUCCUUGCAAAAACUCACAUCCGACACUGUUAUCGAGGUUAGCAUUGAGAUUCCAUUCCCUUUUCAAGCAAUUCCAAUUGGAACUAUUGAAUCAAGUGGCACUCAAGUUCUUGAGCAGAUACUCAAGAUUAUGCUUCCUCGCUUCAUGGCACAGUUGGUGAAAGAUUAUAAAGCAUGGGCUUCUGGUGACACCUCCAGACAGCCUCUUGGAAAUGGUGGGAUCUGAUACGGAGAUCACAUUUUAUCUAGGACUGUACGGAUUUGAUUGUUUUAUCGUUUAAGAACUUCAACAUGUUUAGUGAUAUCAAAACUCUUAAUUCUUUUAGCAUUUUGCAUUUUUAUUGAACUUAAUGAUGGAUUUGUUAUUGUUGUUUUAAUUGUAUUAACUUUGUUUAAAAGUUAUGAUCCGUAUUCGGUAA